AGGGAAGCAGCGCCGACGUGCAUCACGCCAGGCUCCCGGCAGGUCUGCUACGAGCCGGACCUUGCUGUGUUUGCGCGCAGCUGGCUGGCGAAUGACCCGUGGGUCAGGGAGGCCGCUCAACUGCUGCUGGUGGCGUACACCGAGCCUCUUGUGGUCCCGCGGCCUCCGCCACCGCGCCCGCAGCCGCCGGCCGCCACUACUGCCACUACAGCCUUGGAGCUGCAGCCGCCGGCACCGCCGCCGCUGCCGCUCCUGCUGUCCCCACAAGUGGCGGAGCUACUGCAGUUUUACCCGGAAGCCGUCCGGGUGGCCAGUCGGCCGAUCCAGGGACACGUUGACCAGGGAUGGCAAGGCGAGGACGUGUCCCCACACUGCGCGCCCGACGACUGCCGCCCCUCUGGUGCCGUUCAGCAGGCGCUGAGGAGACCUGCUGCGCAGCCACGACCUCCGUCGGCGUCAGAGGUCCCAUCGCAUCCGCCGCCGCAGCAGCAGCACCCGCCGCCGCCGCCGCCAUUGGAUCGACUGCACUCCGCCGCCGUCAUCGCCGCCGUCGCCUGUUUGCACCACCCACAUACCGUGCCGCAACAAAUGCAUGCCGCCGCCGUCGCCGCGCUAACCGACCUGCUGCUCCUGCCGCUCCAAAGCUGCUCCUCCUCCUCCUCCUCUUCACACGGAAGCGCCGCCGCCGCCGCCCUCGCGUUGAGGGCUGCGGUGGAGCAGCAGGAGGGGGAGGCGCGCGUGCGGGUGCUGCAUGGGGCUACCCUGGCGGCUGUGCUGUUGGCGGCGGCGCUGGGGGCAGGCGGGCAGCAGGGCGGAGAGGAGGAGGCGUGUCAGCGGUGGAGGCGGGAGCUGCAGCCGUGGGGGCGCUUCGUGGAUAGGCUGCUGCAACUGGCGCAUGCGCUGCCCACAUCACCGCCACCACCGCCACCACCGCCACCCCCGGCGGCAAAGGCGUCGUCGCCGUCAUUGCCAUCAGGGCCCCGGCCGGAGUCGUCUGCGCCCCACCCCGCCCCGUGCGGGCCCCAACUGCUGCCCUCUGGAGCUGCAGCAGCAACAACAGCGGGUGGUGUGUUGGUGCCCCUACCACCACUUGAGCGAACGCCGCCCUCUUCGCACUCAUUGCAGCAUCAACAACAGCAGCAGCAGCAGCAGCAGGAGCAGUGCCGGCGGUUGUGGGACGCGGUGGCUGCGCUGCUUGCAGCGGUGGCUGCGGCGGAUGUGGGGGCGUUCCUAGGGGCCUUGGAAAGGCGCGCGGCGGCCUCCCCUCCGUUCCUCCACCCCCUGGUGUCCGCCUCCCUCCGCCUCCUAGCUGCCAGCCGCCGGGGCCGCACCCGCCUAGCCGCACACGUCCCCCGCCUGACUCGCCACCUGGCGGCAUGCAUGGGUGCAGCAGCAGCAGCAGCCACCGGAGCCUCCGCAGCAGCUGCAGCAGCAGCAGCCCCCGGACUGGGCUUUCUGGGCCUUGGGCUGGUGCGGCCUGGUGGGGGUAGUGGGGCGGGCGACGGAGAGCAUUACAGCCAUUAUCGGCAGCAGCAGCAGCAGCAGCAACAACCUGGACAGCACUACUACCAGCAGCAACAAGCUCCGUAC